UCCCAGAAUCGCUUCCCUCCCCAGCUUCUCUCAGAAUCGUCACUUCAUAUUUUUUUUACAAUUCUAUCUAGUUAAGGUCUAAUUAGUUAGGAUUGUAAAAAACAUAUGAAGUGGGGAUUCUGGAAGAAGCUGGGGAGGGGGCGAUUAUUAUAGAAUCGCCCAAAAGAACUGGCCCUUUAUAAAGGCCGGCGUCGGCCUCCCGCUUCUCCAUUCCGUUGUCAUAUGUCUCUCCUAGUCUCGCGUAGACAGCAAUGGUGUUCGUUCACAAGGGUGGUGUUUGGUGGUUCCUCUUUCUCGCGGUGGUGCUGCUCGCUGCUGCGGCCGUAGGAGCGGAGCAGGAGGAGGAUGGGGCCACGGCCACCGUCGCUGCGGAGGUGGAGGAGAAGGUCGGUGGGCGUGUCCAUGACCAGGGCAACGACAUGUGCGACAUCAAGUGUCAACACGGGCAACAUCUCGCAUGGAGACGACGGUGCAUGAACGAGUGCCAGAGACAAAAGCUGCUUCAUCAUUCUAGCAGAGCUUUCUGCGAAAUGAAGUGCCAAGAUCACUACCACGACCCGUCAAGGAUGGAGCUGUGCGUGCACCAGUGCAUGAGCUAUGGCAUCAAGCUCCAUGCGGACAGUAACAACGACGUCGAUCACCAUCCCCACGCCUGGGAGGUGGAGGCCGGCUGGGGUGCCGAUGACCGAAGCAACGACAUGUGCGACAUCAAGUGCCAGCACUGCCAAGACCCCGCCGGGAGACGACGGUGCGUGAACGAGUGCCACGGCCGGGAGCAUCAUCAUCCUAGCAGAGCUUUCUGCGAGAUGAAAUGUCAACAUCACUACCAUGACCCGUCAAGGAUGGAACUGUGCGUGCACCAGUGCAUGAGCUAUGGCCUCAACCUCCAUGUAGGCAGCAACAACGGCGUCGAUGAGCAUCCCACCGGCUGAUUAACGGUGGGCGGGGCUAUCGUUGAGG